GAAGAAGCCAAGUCGCGUAGUGUCAACAAAGAACAGCUGAUGGGGGCGGCGGCGCGGCUGUGACAGGAAGAUAAGAUGUGGAUUAAGCCCGAGGAGGUGCUGGUGGCCGGGGGGUUCUGGGACACAGAGGUGGCCAACACAUUCUUCCUGCUGCAGCAGAGGAAGGGUUCGGGCAGCGCCACCUCGCGCGGCCUGGCGGGGCUGCUGGUGGGGACGCUGGACUCAGUCUUUGACACCAAGCCUCCACCCUACCGCAUCCUGCACCGCACACCGUCCUCUGAGCUUUACUACCUGGUGGCCGUGUCGCUCAAGAAGGAGGAGAUAGACGAGAACUGGACGUGGCUGGAGCGGAACUUGAUGAGCAUCCUGGCCACCUUCGACCAGGAUGAGGACGUCACCGACUUUGUGCGCUGCAAGAUUGAGUCCCUCGUCGCCAACUCCACGACGGCCGACCCGCUCAGCACCGCAGACCCGGACUCGGAGACCUUCAAGGCAGUCUCCUACAAGUUCCGCAAGCUGUUCAACAUGCCGGAGGGAGAGAAGCUCGUCAAUUACUACUCCUGCAGUUACUGGCACCACAGACUCCCGCGGCAAGGCUGGCUGUACCUUAGCGUCAAUUACCUGUGCUUCUACUCCUUCCUGCUGGGCAAGGAGACGAGGGUCAUCAUCCGCUGGCGGGACGUGACGCUGCUGGACUGCACCAACGCGCUCAUCUUCCCUGACAGUAUUCGCGUCUCCACCCGUGACCAUGAGCACUACUUCUCCAUGCUGCUCAGGAAGAAGGAAACCUAUGAGCUAAUGGAACAGCUUGCAAACAUGGCUAUGAAGCAACUGAUCAACGAUGAGGAGUUUUCGGAAGACAAAGAUUUGCUGACAAAAGUUAGCAAGAAAGUGCCGAAGAAGCCGUCAUUCCUCAAGCGAGAUUUGGACGCCCGUGCUCACUCUGACGCAUACCGCAGCAAAUUCAGAUUGCCACUUACGGAAAAGCUGGACGGCUCAACUUCCUGCUGUAUGUGGGCGCCCUACAAGAAGUCCUACAUUAGCGGAACACUCAGCAUAUCCCUCAACUACAUCUGUUUUGAGAGCAGGAUCGCCAACCUUGUCAGUGUGGUUUGCCCGCUACGAGAGGUUCAGAGCGUGGAGAAGGCGGACAGCAUCAAGGGCAACAGUGAUGUGAAGAAUGUUGUGUUCGUCUGCACCGCCCAGAACUCAUCCCUGUCCAAUACCUUCCUCUUCACGGAUGUAGGAGACAGGGACUUCGUCAUCAACAAGCUUUCGGAGAUGCUGGGCAAGAGUAUCCCAACUAAGAACAGUGUGGUGCCGGACGGGAUGAUGGUGGUGGGUGGCGAGCGUUCCGCCAGCCGCUCGAACUCAGUGAGCGAGGACAAGAGUGAAGUUGUCAGCCUCAGCAGCCUCAGCAUUAGUAGUGUUUCCGAGAACAAUGGCUCCCUGCCCACCGACACCUCAGAGGCUGGCACAAGCACCCUGCCACUGCGGGCCCUGUACAGCGACCCAGAGGAGGAUGUUGGGGAGGAGGAGCAGAAUCGUCGCCGGGAGGAGAACUGGGAGCGUCACUGGGAGGAGUACGGCCGCGGGGUGACCAUGUACCGAACGGUGGAGACUCUGCGGCUCGUCCUGAAGGGGCUGCCAGGCUCCGUGCGGCGAGAAGUGUGGAUGAUCUUUUCUGGUGCCAUCAAUGAGCAGGCCACACACCCCGGCCACUAUGAGCAGGCGGUGGUGGCCGGUCUGAAGAGAGGAGGGCCGGCCAACGAGGAGAUUGAGAGAGACCUCCAUCGCUCGCUGCCUGAACACCCAGCCUUCCAGAGUGACACGGGGAUUUCGGCGCUGAGGAGAGUUCUGUGUGCUUAUGCCUGGAGGAACCCUGCUAUUGGGUACUGCCAGGCCAUGAACAUUGUAGCGUCCGUUCUGUUGGUGUACUGCAACGAAGAGGAGGCGUUCUGGCUCCUUGCGGCCUUGAGUGAACGCCUGCUUCCAGACUAUUACAACACGCGAGUCGUCGGGGCACUCGUCGACCAAGGGGUGCUGGAAGACCUCAUCCUGGACCACAUGCCGGGGCUACACACACGCCUCUCCGAGCUUGGCGUCAUCUCCCUGGUAUCACUCUCCUGGUUCCUCACGCUCUUCCUCAGCGUGAUGCCGUUCGAAGCUGCUGUGCAUGUGGUGGACUGCUUUUUUUACGACGGUGCAAGGGUGGUGUUCAUGGUCGCCCUGGCUAUCCUGGGGGCUAACCACGCAAAACUGGAGCGCUGCAGUGAUGAAGGAGAGGCCAUGAUGGUUCUGUCGGAGUACCUGGGCUCCAUCACCACCCCUGGGAGCCGCUACGGGAGGAGACGAAACAGCGUGGCGGACGAGACCCAGGCGGAGGAGGAGGUUAAUAUCAUUGGGGUGCUUGAGGCGGCUUACAGGGACUAUGGCUUCAUCACCAACCUGGCUGUGGAGCGACUGCGGGUGAAGCACAGGCUGAGGGUGGUGCAGACCUUAGAGGACGCCAUGAUGCGGAACACUCUGCGUACGGUUGGCCCGGACUGUCUCCUGAGCCAGGCUGAUCUGAGGGAGCUGGUGGUGUACGUGAGAGGGGAACAGAUCCUUGGCGGAGACGACAAGGAGGUGCGUCAACGGAGCAGCUCAGGUGGCCCCCUCACGCAGGAAGGCUACACGCUGGGCUACGACACUUUCCAGCAGCUCUUCCUGGCCGUGGCGCCGUGGGGCCAGGGAGACCGCGCAGAGGCCCUUGCCACCAGCACCUUCAAUAUGCUGGACGUGGCGGGAACACACCUGGUGACCUUCCGUGCCCUGGCGUGGCUGUUUGGCGUGCUGUGCUGCGCCGACCUGGCCAGGAAGCUGCGGCUCUUCUACUACCUCCACCUGGCCUUCCCGCCCAGGCUGGAUGAGGUGGAUCGCCCAGGAAGCCCAGAGUACUGCGACCCCUUGACCGGCUUCGCCACCAUCCACAACCGUGAUUAUCGCCUCUAUGAGCAGCGGUUCCUGCCCACUAUGACCCAGGAGCAGUUCAUCAAUAUGUGGCGAACAGUGUACAGUUUCUUUGCCUUCGAGACGGACCAGGAGAUAUUUACCUCCCUAUCCAGAGUGGGCACGCUGUUGCUGCAGAUUGGAGAAGUGGGUCGUAAAAUGAAGGAGAAGGUUUCCAAGAGCCCCCAGACCACUAUCUACAGUGACUCCUUGGGCAGCAGCUGUAGCCAUCCCAGUGACAACCCAGAAGCUGAGGCAUGUGGGGGCCAAACAGGGGCAGUGCCGGCCGCAGCAGACUCACCUCAGUGCAGAACGCAAGACAGAAGGAGCAGUGAACUCGACACACACCUUGGCAGCCAUUCCCCCAUAGCAGAAUCCAAGCCUCUCAUCUCUAACCCUGAUCCCGAGUGUGCUGUAAAAUCCUCCCUGACCGCCAACCCCUCUGAUGCCGACAUGACCACCACCUCAAGACUCGAUUCCAGUUCCAGCAUCAGCGGCAAACCUUCAGAGCACUUCCAGACCAUGCCAACGGAUACAGAAGAACAGGAGGGACAGAACCAGCAUCACACUACUUCUGGCACCCAACAACACAGCCCCGAGGAGUGCCACGCCUCCACUAUACAGCCGCCUGACCGGGAGUGGAGUAUAUCGUUCGAGCAGUUUCUCGCUAAUGUCGCCAACGAAGAAAACCUGGUCCGCUUCUUUGAGCAACAAGUGAAUCUGGCGGAGGAAGUUCAGAAGCUGAGGACUCGAAACAUGAUCAGCCCGAGUGCCAGUGGUUCAGCGGCCUCCUCCCCCACCUAGCCGAGUCUCCAGUGCUCCCGUGGCCAGCCUGGGGGGAGCUUCCUUGAUGUGUAGUGAGGUCCAAAUAGUGAGAGAUCUAAUUUACAAGUAGAACAAGCCGGCAGAUUGUGGAUUGAAGGGGAAACUGAGACAAAGAAGUACAAAUCAAAUAGUAUGGCCAUUCCGUGUGCACAGCCUCAUGUAUUCAUCUUAAAAAUCAUCCACUUGCAUCCACUCAGAUAACCUGGUGGAAGCGUCGAUGGUACCAGCUCACACCCUCCGCUGAUUGAUGGAAAAGAUACAUUUCAAGUUGAUUAAUUUGUUUACCCUUACAUUACGGCGAUCGUAUAUUUAAGUGCGCUACCACACACCCCACCCGUACGAGGAUCAUAUAUAUAAUCAUCACACUCUACGCUCCCUACGUUUCAAAUAUACCGCCAGUUCUUGACUCGGAGGAAUGGUGGAGACAUCUGGCAUCCGUACACACACUCAUUCGUCUCAGCCUACCGAAGGCCACAGAUCAUUUUACACUUUUGUUGGGAAUACAUCUGUCAUGUCUUGUGAUGCGUCAAGCAGUUCCUCUGUCCGGGCGGAAGUAGAGUGCGGGCAAAUCUAAGUGGUAGUGACUCUGAUGACUGCUGGGGUACUGACAUUGAGAGAGAGAGAGAGAGAGAGAGAGAGAGAGAGAGAGAGUGGGGUGCUUCCAUGCGAUGCGUCACGGCCACGAGAAAAUGCGCAAUGUUUUCGGGUGUCAUAACUUUUUUAUUAUUAUUAGGAGAGAAGUUUUAUUACUCCACCAUAUAUACUACAUGAAUAUACAAUUAUUGCAGAGAAGAAAGACACCAUUUCCACCUCUUUCAAAUACCUAAAUUUUCCCCGUGCACACCAUCCAGAGAAAUACAUCGCCACCCGUACUCUAAGGGUUAAAGAAUUCUGAGUUUACCCAAAAAAUAACAGGUCGACCAAAUUCAGCAGUAUAGGAUUGUGUGUGUGUGUGUGUGUGUGUGUGCGCAGAGCAACAACAUACAUGAGGUGAUUGGUCUAGAGGAACUUAACAGAUUAGGGAAGUGUGAUUUAGCAUGGCAGCAAGACCUUAUGUACGGUUGGUGGGAGGUUGCCGCUGCCAGACGUCUGGGGGAGCGUGUCAGCCUUCCUUCCUUGGGCAUUCUCUCACUCAGGCUCAAACCAUUUGCCAAAACCUUGUUGUUUUUGUUACGACUUGUAAUCUAUAUAUAUCAUCACGUGUAUAUGAAUGUGCGACUGUGUGUGUGUUGCAACUGUUACGGAAGUGUUGAUCUUCUGGCUGAUGAUUGGUCGGACCUUUUUUUUUUUUUUUUUUUUUUUUUUUUUUACGUCCACGCCUAUAGUGCCGGUAGGCUUGCUUGAGGGGCCUGGAUGGUAGUCAGCCCCAGCCCGUCAUGGCGCAGGCAAGUGUUUAUAGUGGCGCCAUCUUCUCUUGGCUCAUGCUGCCCCCCGGAACUCCUUCUUGAUUCACUUGGACGGUUUCCUCUAGAGUCCGGGUUGAUGGGUGGUCUUCAGGACAGCAUGUGGGUAGUUUUAAGCCACUCGGCGGUGACUGAAAAAUCCCAGGUGGUAGCGUGGGGAUUCGAACCCGCGUCGUCCAUCACGCGGUGAAUGUGGGCCCAGCACGCUACCACUCAGCCACAGCCUACCCUUACAAGGUUCCGGUGCCGAGUCUUGCUGAUUCCACUGUUAGCUCAGCACAGUUCCGUCGGCCAAAAGCACCACGUUUUGUUAAACAUCUGUGUCACUGAGCUUGAGCUUCGACACACAGGCAUACAUUCAUACAGACAUACAGGCAUACAUUCAUAUACAGGGUAGGCGGUGGCUGAGUGGUAGCGUGCUGGGCCCACAUUCACCGCGUGAUGGACGACGCGGGUUCGAAUCCCCACGCUACCACCUGGGAUUUUUCAGUCACCGCCGAGUGGCUUAAAACUACCCACAUGCUGUCCUGAAGACCACCCAUCAACCCGGACUCUAGAGGAAACCGUCCAAGUGAAUCAAGAAGGAGUUCCGGGGGGCAGCAUGAGCCAAGAGAAGAUGGCGCCACUAUAAACACUUGCCUGCGCCAUGACGGGCUGGGGCCGACUACCAUCCAGGCCCCUCAAGCAAGCCUACCAGCACUAUAGGCAUACACGUAAAAAAAAAAAAAAGAAAAAUGAUAUAUAUAUAUUACAAACUUUUCAAAUUUUAUCCCGAGGAGCGACAUUUUCCGCCUCUUCGCAGCGCCCAAGUAAAAGAUUCCCAUAUUAUUUUCAUUUAUACUGUGUCUGUAUGUUUAAGGGGAGAUAGUAUUAAGCUAUGAUGCAACACUUAAUUAUAACAAUAUGUAUGCUUAAGUUACAGUUAACCUUUAAUAUGCACACACACACACACACACACACACACACACACACACAUACACACGCACACACA